AUGAUACAUGGUGUUAUUGUUAUGUCCGCAUCUCCUAUGGCUAGGCAAGUUGCGGAAAGCAAGGCGAUCCCCAUCAAAAGGGUGCUGAUAAAUGACCCUUCAGAACUGCCAUCACACUAUUGCUCAACCCCUGGCGGAACUCUCUUUUCUACAACUCCAGGAGGUACAAAAAUAGUAUACGAGAAAUCGUUCCUCAUGAAUUUGCGCAACUCCCCGAUUUCCAAAACUCCGCCGACUUUUGAAAUUCCUGAGAACCUGAUGCCGGGUUCUUCCCCGAAGGCCCACGGAAUUUCUCAGAAGACUAACAAGUUGUCAACGCCAAAGAAGAACCAACACCAGAACGUUCAAGAAGAUCAGUUUCAAAUUGAACUGUGAUCCGCAUAUCACUGCUGCUAUUUUAAUGAGUUUGUAGGUAUUAUGGCUGACCAUAUUUUAAAUAAGCUGUGACAAAGUAAUUGAUGAUUUUCACGUUUCUGUGAAAAACUACUCGAUCAUGAGUAUGGAGACUUGUUGAUUAAUUGUAAUAUUAUUUUAUAUUUUGCGAUUAGUUUUGUUUUUUGUAUUUACUGUGUGUUCCUAAUUUUAUAGGAACAUUAUUAUGU